GGACGAUGGACGCUGCUCGGAGCAACAGAUCUUCAACACCCUGCUCUCUCAAGCUUUUGUCCCCUGCCCCCGUCCCUUCUACGGCCCAUGGACGACGACCACACGGCCUAGAAGAGACAGUCCAAACCAAAAUAAAAAUAAAAAUAAAGUUAUAAAAAGCUCUCAUCCGGGAGACGGAAACAGAGAGAUCCUGAUCUUUCUUUUUGUUUUCGGUCUUCCGACAUGGCCUCUGGUGACAUUUCCCUGGAGGAGAUCAAGAACGAGAACGUCGACCUCGAGAGGAUCCCUGUCGACGAGGUCUUCGAGCAGCUGAAAUGUUCGAGGGAGGGUCUAACGACUGAAGAAGGCCAGAAAAGGCUCCAAAUCUUUGGCCCCAACAAGCUUGAGGAGAAAAAGGAGAGCAAGCUCCUGAAGUUUUUGGGGUUCAUGUGGAACCCUCUCUCAUGGGUCAUGGAGUGUGCAGCCAUCAUGGCCAUUGUUUUGGCCAAUGGAGGGGGUGAGCCUCCGGACUGGCAAGACUUUGUUGGUAUUGUCACGUUGCUUAUCAUCAACUCGACUAUCAGUUUCAUUGAAGAGAACAACGCCGGCAACGCCGCGGCCGCUCUGAUGGCUGGACUUGCCCCCAAAACCAAGGUCCUGAGAGAUGGCAAGUGGAGCGAGCAGGAGGCAGCGAUCCUUGUCCCAGGAGACGUCAUUAGCAUCAAGCUCGGAGACAUUGUCCCGGCUGAUGCUCGUCUCUUGGAAGGUGAUCCCCUCAAGAUCGACCAGGCUGCACUCACUGGUGAAUCCUUGCCCGUGACCAAGCACCCUGGCAGUGAGGUGUUCUCUGGUUCCACCUGCAAGCAGGGUGAGAUCGAGGCCGUCGUCAUUGCCACUGGGGUUCACACCUUCUUUGGCAAGGCUGCACACCUCGUCGAUAGCACCAACCAAGUUGGUCACUUCCAGAAGGUGUUGACGGCCAUCGGUAACUUCUGCAUCUGCUCGAUUGCGGUGGGUAUGUUGAUUGAGAUAGUGGUGAUGUACCCAAUUCAGCACCGGAAGUACAGGGACGGGAUUGACAACCUGCUUGUGCUCCUUAUCGGCGGUAUCCCAAUUGCCAUGCCAACUGUCCUGUCAGUCACCAUGGCCAUCGGAUCCCACCGCCUCUCGGAGCAAGGUGCUAUCACUAAGAGGAUGACCGCCAUUGAAGAAAUGGCUGGUAUGGACGUCCUCUGCAGUGACAAGACCGGCACCCUCACUCUCAACAAGCUCACCGUCGACAAGAACCUCAUUGAGGUGUUCGUGAAGGACUUGGACAAGGACGGAGUUCUCCUGCUGGCUGCUCAGGCAUCUCGGGUUGAGAACCAGGACGCCAUCGACGCUUCAAUCGUUGGAAUGUUGGGUGAUCCCAAGGAGGCAAGGGCUGGAAUUAAAGAGGUUCAUUUCUUCCCUUUCAAUCCAGUCGAUAAGCGUACUGCAAUCACCUACAUUGACAGCAAUGGCGAUUGGCACCGCGCCAGCAAGGGUGCUCCUGAGCAGAUCAUCGAGCUCUGUGAUCUCAAGGGAGAACUCAAGAAGAAAGUCCACAGUUUAAUCGAUAACUUUGCUGAGCGAGGUCUUCGGUCCUUGGCAGUUGCCCGACAGACGGUCCCGGAGAAGACCAAGGAGUCUGCAGGCGGGCCAUGGGAAUUUGUGGGCCUCCUUUCCCUCUUUGACCCUCCCAGGCACGACAGUGCAGAGACCAUCCGCCGGGCUCUCGACCUCGGUGUCAAUGUUAAGAUGAUCACCGGCGAUCAACUUGCUAUUGGCAAGGAAACCGGAAGGAGGCUGGGAAUGGGCACCAACAUGUACCCAUCUUCAACCCUUCUUGGAGACAGCAAGGACGAGUCAAUUGCUGGCAUUCCUGUUGAUGAGCUUAUUGAGAAGGCCGAUGGAUUUGCCGGAGUCUUCCCUGAGCACAAGUACGAGAUCGUGAAGAAGUUGCAGGAGAGGAAACACAUAUGCGGAAUGACUGGAGAUGGUGUGAACGACGCCCCGGCACUUAAGAAGGCAGAUAUCGGUAUUGCAGUCGCUGACGCAACCGAUGCAGCCAGGAGCGCCUCAGACAUUGUGCUAACUGAGCCUGGAUUGAGCGUGAUUGUGAGCGCUGUCCUGACCUCCCGUGCAAUCUUCCAGAGGAUGAAGAACUACACUAUCUAUGCAGUCUCGAUCACGAUACGUAUCGUGCUUGGAUUUAUGCUAGUGGCCCUCAUCUGGGAGUUCGACUUCUCACCCUUCAUGGUCCUCAUCAUCGCAAUCCUCAAUGACGGGACCAUCAUGACCAUCUCCAAGGAUCGCGUCAAGCCCUCCCCCAUCCCAGACUCAUGGAAGCUCAAGGAGAUCUUUGCUACCGGGAUUGUCAUCGGUGCAUACCAGGCUAUUAUGACAGUAGUCUUCUUCUACCUUGCUCAUGACACCGACUUCUUCGCUGAUGCAUUCGGUGUGAAAUCAAUCAAGGGCAGUCCAGAGGAGCUCAACGCGGCUCUUUACCUCCAAGUUAGCAUCAUCAGCCAGGCACUCAUCUUUGUCACCCGAUCCCGGAGCUGGUCCUUCUUGGAGCGCCCGGGUCUCCUGCUCAUGGGAGCUUUCGUUGCUGCCCAACUGGUGGCCACAUUGAUCGCUGUUUAUGCCAACUGGGCAUUCGCUCAUAUGAAAGGAAUCGGGUGGGGAUGGGCCGGAGCAGUCUGGAUCUUUAGCAUUGUCACUUACUUCCCUCUCGAUGUCCUCAAGUUCAUCAUUCGCUACGCUCUGAGUGGAAAGGCAUGGAACAAUCUCUUGGAGAACAAGACUGCCUUCACGACAAAGAAGGACUACGGCAGAGGAGAGAGGGAGGCCCAGUGGGCUCUUGCGCAGCGUACCCUCCACGGACUUCAGCCCCCCGAGGCUCUCUUCAAUGACAAGAAUAACAACUACAGAGAGCUGUCCGAGAUCGCUGAGCAGGCCAAGAGACGUGCUGAAGUUGCCAGGCUGAGGGAGCUGCACACUUUGAAGGGACAUGUGGAGUCAGUGGUGAAGUUGAAGGGUCUGGACAUUGAGACCAUUCAGCAGCACUACACUGUCUAAGAAAACAAAACAUAGAUAAAACCAGGCAAAGAAGAAGAAGAUGACAAUUGGAAGUACGGGUAGUAGGCAGGAGAAAGAGGAGCUAUCUGCGAGAUUGAGCUGAGCAAGCACAAGAAGAGGAACAAAGAGACAGAUCACACCUUCUCUUAAUUCCAUUUUUUUUCCCUAGUAUUUUUUUAUAUUUAUAAUUAUUAUUUUGGUUUUUUCUGGUAUUAGAGUACUGACUAUAGCAAGAGCUUGAGUUGCUCAAUAAUAACAAGCAGGGUGAAGACAGAUUUGUCGUACUUGACUUUGAGAGUACAAAUGACCCAUCUGAAGAUGGAGGGGG